UUUGAUAAACAGCUGUUGGCGUUUGAGUGCAAGCCUUUGUUAUUAACAAUUGCCAAAAAGCAAUAAGUUUCGUUUAAAUUUUUACAGCAGGUGGCAAUAUGCGUUUAAUUAUUUUGGAUACAAGCCAAUCGGUGGGCAAGUGGGCGGCCAAGUAUGUUGUAAAACGCAUCAAUGACUUUCAGCCCGGUCCCAACAAAUACUUUGUGCUGGGCUUGCCAACGGGCAGCACACCUUUGGGCAUGUACCGAGAGCUGAUUGAGUUCCACAAGCAGGGCAAGGUCUCGUUUCAGUUUGUGAAGACUUUCAAUAUGGACGAGUAUGUGGGCUUGCCGCGUGAUCAUGCGGAGAGCUAUCAUUACUUUAUGUGGCACAAUUUCUUCAAGCACAUAGACAUUGAACCCAAGAACGUGCACAUAUUGGACGGCAACGCAGCUGACCUGGUGGCCGAGUGUAAUCAGUUCGAGCAGCAGAUCAAAGAAGCUGGCGGUGUGGAGCUUUUCAUAGGCGGCAUUGGACCCGAUGGACACAUAGCUUUCAAUGAACCCGGCUCAUCGUUAGUUUCGCGCACGCGUGUCAAGACUCUGGCUCAGGAUACGCUGGAGGCGAAUGCGCGUUUCUUUGACAACGACAUGAGCAAAGUGCCAAAACAGGCGCUCACCGUGGGCGUGGGCACUGUUAUGGACUCCAAUGAGGUUAUGAUACUUAUUACAGGCGCACACAAAGCGUUUGCUUUGUACAAAGCCAUCGAGGAGGGCGUCAAUCAUAUGUGGACCGUUAGCGCCUUUCAACAACAUGCGAAUACUCUUAUGAUCUGCGAUGAGGAUGCAACAUUGGAGUUGCGCGUUAAGACCGUCAAGUAUUUCAAGGGAAUUCUCAGAGAUACACGUGAAUCUGACUCCGAGGAAACUGUAUAAACAAAUAGCCUUAUGGAUGUACAUUCCAAACUAAUUGAACAGCAGAAGACAACGUAAUCGCACAUAAAACUACAAUGAAAUAUUAGCAGUAUAUUUUUUUAUUCAAAUCUUUAAAAGCAAUUUUGCACUUUAUACAGACUACUUAUGUGAAUUUUAACAUUUAA